AUGUUCAACUUCAACUUCUUCAAGUCUUCUCCCGCCGCUGAGGCUGAGUGCGCUCACGAGAACACCAACACCAUCGCUAUGCAGCAGCCCUCCAGCCCUGCCGCCCCCUCUGCCAACCACGUCGUGUCUGAGCAGCCGGCCAACCAGGAGCAAAUGCAGAUGCAGCUGCGUGGUGGUGGUGGCGGUGGUAUUUGCUGCGGACUCUGCGCCGGUCUUGCCUGCUUCGAGUGCUGUGAGAUCUGCUGCUAG